UCUGGAAUGCCAAAUACUUCAUAUCUUCAGCUCACACAGACACAUAGGCAAAAAGCUUGCAGUCUGGGGCAUGCAAUGGAGAAAAGAGGAAGGAAUGAAAUAACACAGGCAAAUAAAGUUGAAUGUACUUAAGUUCCACUCUUGUUAGGUAUGAGGAUUAAAGGGCCAAGCUAAAGAGCAUGAGGAAUACCUGGCAUGGGCCACUUGAAAUGGAGAGAGUAUGGCCUGGGAAAGAGGGAUAAAAUAACACUUUGAGGCCAGUACCAGGAUGUUCAUAAUCCCCUCCCCCAAACUAUUACUGCAUAGAUGACCUUUGGGAUCAUUUCCAACUCUACAAUUCUAUGAUUCUGUGUUGGAUUCACUGACUGAAGCUGAUUCUGUAGUGGUUCUGUUGUGUUUUCCUUGACCCUGAACAGUGUGUGAGAGUUUAGGACAGGACUGAGUGAGGAGCAUCAGUCCACACCAUCCCUGGCCCCUCAACAUCGCUUGCCAUUGACCAUGCUGGCUUGGGCUGUUGGGCAUUGCAGUCCAGCAAUAUUUGUGGCAAGGAGGUGCACAGGUUUCCUGCUCCAGGUUUAUAGAGAAGAAAAGGUGAAGGGUAGCUUCUUUGGGGCAUAAUGGUACCAAUGCCCACUAUAGUGCUGCCCUGCCUUCGUCUCCCCAUUCCUGGCUUCCGAAGAACCAGCAUCAAUUUCCCUGUAAGGAGCAGCCCAAUCCCUGAGCCCCUGCUCUCAGCCCCUUCCUUUUUCUCCUCUGCAAGUCCUGCUGGAGGGUGUCUGCUUGUCCCCAGGUGACCCCUCAAGCAGUCUGUGAACAGAGUGUGUGCUAACAUCCAGCAGGUGUCUAUCAGGAAGGAAGGGGUGCUCCAAAGACCCACAGACACCAGUGCUGGGUUGGGGGAGCAAGCACAGAGGGGUGAAAUCUGUCUGCCUACCAUGGCUUCAGGUAAAGAGGCUGCUUUCUAUAGGGCGUCAUGGAUAUGCUAGGAACUCAGGUUGUGCCACCAGCACUUCUGCUGGCAGUUGUUAUGUGACUCUUCCGCAGCCUGCGAGGAACCAGCACACUGCAGAAUAAUGAGUUCCAGGGAGAAGGACCAGCAGCUGAUGGCUAACAAACAAAACAAAAAAAAGGAGAGAAAGGGGGGUGGGGAAAAGCGAACUGAAGACAAUUGUUCUUCCCAAGUUCCUGGAUCACGCAAGGAAAGCCGUCCCUGAGAAUAGCAACCCUGGUGAAGCUAUUUCUACAGCCAGGGGGUGUUUAGAGAGAUGGUUUUUAUAGACUCCAGGAAUAGCUAUACAGUCUGUGCGUUGGAGGAAAGGGGGGUUGGGGGGGGAGCAGCAGCUCAGAAACUGUCAUUGUCCUUGCAGGGGGAGUGCCGGGUUGCUGCAGGUUCCACUCCCUGGGGUAGGCGGUUUCUGUGCCCUUCUCUGUCCCAGGGCAGGGGGCUGCAGUCCCCAGAGUCCCUUAAAGGGUUCAGCCUUGCCUAGGUAGAAGGUUGACUGUUUGGGCUUUUUCCCCUUUCUUUUUUGGUACCUUCCUGCCCUGGGAUGAUUUUGCCUGGGCUCUGGCUCCUCCGCCCCUCCACGCUUGCUCCAGCCAAAGGUUAUUGAAUGAAAAGUCUCUUUUCUUCUUGGCUGCAAUUCCGCCUCUGCAAACAAGGCGAUUCCUGUGCAGGAGGGGGUGGGAAGCUGCUUCUCUACCUUGGAAAAGCAGGGUUUUCCCCCCCCUUCUCCUGAAGAGGCACAGAACCCUGAGCGAGAAGCCGUGCCUGGGAGCUGCCUUUGCAUCAAAAGGUAAGAUGUUGCAAUGCUGGCGGUUCCACAAUGGAGUGGGUUUGAAAGGCAGCACCUGCUGAUACAGUCCUGGGCGGAGGGUGUGCAUCUUGCCUGGGGUCCCCAACGGGCACUCUUGUCCCUGCUCCAGCCUCAGCCAGGCACCUGUGGUUUGCCAUGGGGCAAUUCCUGCUGCAGCUGGUCUAGCAAAGAGGAGAGGAAACCUUAAGCUCACAGCAGUCCUUUCUCUGCUCCCUCAUUGUCCUUUAGAUACUGGACCCCGGCAACUCGUGGGAGGGGGCCAAGGGGGUGUGUCUUGCGGCUGCGGCAUGCCGAAAGGGACCCUCUUAUAAGUGUCGUUUCUGCUGAGGGUGUCCCCCAAAGGGACCCCCUUCGCAGUAUCACUCCUGGCCAUUGUGCGCUUGACCCUUUGGGUGCUCUCUGAGUGCCUCCGCUGGAUCCAGGGUGGCACACACUGAAACUCAGCCCCAGGCACUGCCUUCAGUUCCUGAAAAGGUGCAAGUGAGCUUGUAUUAAUCCUUUUGCAUAAAGUGUGGUCCUGUAAAUGGAGGAUCCCCUUACAGCGUCUUUUCCAGACUGUCUCUGAAUGACAAGUGGGAGGCAGUGAGAGCAGGCAGGGAAGAAAUGGAUCUGGAUGCCUGGCUCUUUGAUGGGCUCAUUGCGUGGCCUUGGGCAAACUGUCGUCUGGUGGGACUUGCUUGUUUGUUCAUCUGUAAAAUGGGCACCACAGUGAUCUUAUGGGGUGGCUGUAAGGGAAAGCAGCAUAACAUCUGUAAGCUUCUUGCGCUGUUUUUAACAACAGGUAAAUCAUUUCACUAGCUGACUGGCUAGUGGGUUGCAGGGUGCCUCUGGAACAGUUGUGUCUGUUUGGGUGGGAUAGCAUCAACUGGGUGCUUCUGAGCAACUAAGUUGUGUGUUAUGGCUCCACAGUAAACCAGAAGGCCUAAAGAAGGCUUAUGGGCAUUAUUUGUAACUUUUGUGAUCAGAAGGCCUUUUCAAACUUUUGUUGCUUUUGAACCUAAAUGGCUUGCUGUUUAGACAAGUUCACUGAGACUGUGUGGAGGGCGAAGGAAAGGCCUAGAUGAGCAAUAGGGAGAGGGGGGAUCAGGAAGGCCCCGGAGGAAAAGUAGCUCCUCAAACUGUCAACCUCUCAAAGGCCCCCUAUUUAAAAAAUAACACUUGCUUUGGAUGGUUGAAGGUAUUGAAAGGGAUGCUUGUGAGGCUUGGCAAGGGAAAGGAAAUGAAGGACAGGCCUACUUUUCCAACCAGCCUCGCCCAAGGAAGCUGAAGGUCCAAGAGGGUUUUGUGCUGCAAAGAGAUUUGGAGGCCUCUUGAGAAGCACCCUUGCAAAACUUAAAAAUCACUCCCAGGAUUCUUUGGGGGGAAGUCAUGGGACUUGCCCUGUGUUUGCUUUUGCUUGUGGGCACAGCUGUGGGGUCUAAAGAGAUCGCUGAGAGCGAGGCAAGGCUCAGCUCUGAACUCUCUCCUGAAAGCCCUGCAGUUUGCCCCCUCCCAUCUGAUGUUCCUCAGCCCCUGGCAGUGCCCACCCCUUGCCUCAAGUUCCCCUCCCAGAGACAGGCUUUCUGGGGCAGGACCAGACCAGGGAGCUUCCACCUCUCUGGGAUUUUACAUCAAGAGCUUUAGAAGCCAGGCCAGCCAUUUCCUAACUAUGCCAGUGAGGCUCUCCACAGCCCUGCGUGUUUUUGGGACCAGCCUCUUUGCCGUGGUGGUGCUGGGGGGCAUCCUCGCUGCCUACGUCACGGGCUACCAGUUCAUCCACACCGAGAAGCACUACCUAUCCUUUGGGCUCUAUGGUGCCAUCCUGGGCCUCCACCUCUUCAUCCAGAGCCUCUUUGCCUUCCUGGAGCACCGGCAGAUGCGCCUGGAGGGCCGGCCCCUGAAGCUGCGCUCCUCAGUGGCCCUCUGCAUCGCCGCCUACCAGGAGGACCCCGACUACCUGCGCAAAUGCCUGCGCUCCAUCCAGCGCAUCUCCUUCCCCAACCUCAAGGUCGUCAUGGUGGUGGACGGCAACGGGGAGGACGAUGUUUACAUGCUGGACAUUUUCAACGAGGUGAUGGGCUCCGACCGGACAGGCUGCUACGUGUGGAAGAGCAACUUCCACGCCCGGGGGAAGGGCGAGUCGGAGGCUGGCCACCGCAGGGCCAUGCGCCACAUCCAGAGCCUCGUACGGCACAAUACCUAUACCUGCAUCAUGCAGAAGUGGGGCGGGAAGCGCGAGGUGAUGUACACAGCCUUCUGUGCCCUUGGAGACUCUGUUGACUACGUGCAGGUGUGUGACUCUGACACAGUCCUCGAUCCAGCCUGCACAGUGGAGAUGCUGCGCAUCAUGGAGGAGGAUCCUCGCGUCGGGGGAGUUGGCGGGGAUGUCCAGAUCCUGAACAAGUACGACUCAUGGAUCUCCUUCCUGAGCAGCGUGCGCUACUGGAUGGCCUUCAACGUGGAGCGGGCCUGCCAGUCCUACUUUGGCUGUGUCCAGUGCAUCAGCGGCCCCUUGGGCAUGUACCGCAAUGCCCUGCUGCAGCAGUUCCUGGAGGACUGGUACAACCAGACGUUCCUGGGCAGCAAGUGCAGCUUCGGGGAUGACCGCCACCUUACCAACCGGGUCCUGAGCCUGGGCUACCGGACUAAGUACACGGCCCGCUCCAAGUGCCUGACUGAGACGCCCACCAGGUACCUCCGCUGGCUCAACCAGCAGACGCGCUGGAGCAAGUCCUACUUCCGGGAGUGGCUCUACAACGCCCUCUGGUUCCACAAGCAUCACCUGUGGAUGACCUACGAGUCGGUGGUGACGGGCUUCUUCCCCUUCUUCCUCAUUGCCACCGUCAUCCAGCUCUUCUACCGCGGGCGCGUCUGGAACAUCCUCCUCUUCCUUCUGACGGUGCAGCUGGUGGGCGUCAUCAAGGCCACCUACGCCUGCUUCCUGCGCGGCAACGUCGAGAUGAUCUUCAUGUCCCUCUACUCCCUGCUGUACAUGUCCAGCCUCCUGCCGGCCAAGAUGUUUGCCAUCGCCACCAUCACCAAGUCCGGCUGGGGCACCUCCGGCCGCAAGACCAUCGUGGUCAACUUCAUCGGCCUCAUCCCAGUCUCCGUCUGGGUGUCAGUGCUGCUGGGUGGGCUGGCCUACACUGCCUACUACCAGGACCUCUUCACAGACACGGAACUGGUCUUCCUCAUCUCGGGAGCCAUCCUCUAUGCCUGCUACUGGGUGGCGCUGCUCGCCCUUUACCUGGCAAUUGUGGCCCGGCGCUGCAGCAAGCCCCAGGAGGAGUACAGCUUGGCGUUUGCGGAGGUGUGAUGAGGGUGAAGGUGGGGGGCGGGGAGUGCAAUAAUGGCAAAGGACUGGCAACCUUUCCCCACAUAGUUGUGGGGCUUCAGGAGGGCUGGCCCCCCCACCCUGCUCAGGACCUGAUCCAGUUUUGAAAUGUCCAUCCUGGAAGCAAAUUGGCAGAUUCAGGAGUGCAUCACUGGGGAAGGAAGCCAGAGCCUCGCAGAACGGAUCCUGCUCGGUGGGCUUCUGGAUCCUGCCCCUGCAGAAAGCUCAACAGCUCCUAGGAAAAGUUUCCACCACCAGGUGUCCCUGUCGUUCUAUGCAAAUGACACUGCCUCUCCCCAGAAUAGCACCAAUGUGGCAGGGAUGACCUCUGUGGCCGGUUCAGGGUACAAGAGUCAUUGUAGCUGAUGGGGGUGCAGUUUUUACAGGGAGCAAUAAUAAUCUCGUGGAAAUCUGUUAAAGAAGGGGCCCUUCUGUGCCCAGCGAAGAGACCAUCAAUAGGUUUUUGAUCUUCCCUAGGAAGAGCUUUAAGGAGUUUGUAAGGGUUAUUCUCUGUUCAUGGGAGAAGCAAGUGGGACUUGAGCCACUGACGUCAAGGGGUUACUUUCUAGGCAGAGGCCCCACAGGAGGUGGGGUGACAGGGCAAAACAUGUGCUCCUUCCAAGAGGGGCUCCCUUCUGCCUGUAAUCACUGCAGCUGCAGGACUGGAGGGAAAUUUACUGAGAGGGAAAGGCUGGCAGUAGAAAAAACUACAUUUGGGCCAUAGCGGGAACAUGCUGCUGCCCAAAGAAUACAUCAAAUGACUAGGCUGCCCAUUUCUAAACAAACAUAAAAUACUUGAAAGCUCCCAGAUUGGCCCAAUACAGCAUGAGCCACAGCUACUGUGAAUUCGAUAAAACAGGUUGCAAACUGGAUUGGUCAAAUGUCUUCAGCUCCUUCUGGAGUUUUGGGGGGUGGACCACCUAUUGCUACCUCCCUUUUUAGUCCAGGACUACGGAUCAUGCAAGUGGCCUUACAGAUAGAUGCUGUAGGGACUCCCAGUUCCCUGACCAGUUAUUGAACUCCAACUCCUGUCAUCCCUGACAUUGCUGGCUGGAGCUGGUAUGAGCUGGGAGUCCAACAACAUCUGCUUGGGGAAGGCUGCUAUAGACCAGGUAUCUUCAACCUUUCUGGACCUUUUCAGUCCCAGGACCCACUUUUAACCAAAGCAUGCAUGUAAAGAUCUAUUGCUUAACCUUCCACAAUAUCUGCAUGGUGGUAGAGCAGGCCAUGGCCCACCAGUUGAAGACCAGUGUUCUAGACCAUAUUUUGUUAUGCUUGGGUAGGGGUGUUAAAAUACUUUAAUGCUGUGAACAGA